CGAAACUUUCCAGUGUUCGAACUGAGAACUCUUCUCCCAUUCUCAAAGUUGAGUGAUCACAAUGGGAAAGAGGAGAAAUGCCAAGUAUAAGUCAUUCACUGCCGGUGAAGUUAGUUCCGCCGGUGCUACCUAUGGCGGCGGCUCGAGCAAGGACGACAAGUUUUCGGUGUUUGAGUUCGCCGAUGAUGAUUUGCGCGUCGAGACUGAAUCCCGUAAAACCCUUGCAAAAUUUGGAACCAGAAGCCCUAGCAAGAAACCAGCGCAUCAUCAUCAAUCCGUUGACAAAUACUUUUUUCUUGAGUACUUUGCACGAGGAAACUUGACUCAGCAAAAUGAUUCCGAAAAUGACUUCCCCGAUGUUGAUGUUACUGAUGGUGUUCCUACAGAUAGAACUUUUGAGAUGGACGUCAAAAUAUCACCUGGUUCUUUAAACUAUAAAUCUCAUGCUUUUUCUGUCUUAAAGCAUCAGGUUUUUGAAUCUCCUUGUGUAUCAAAAUCCUGUGAACAGGGAAACACAAAACCUGGAGGUUGCACAACUGGCACGAACCAUAACGAGGUAUUUAAUGUAGAUUCUGAUGAAGAUGAAAGAAUGGAGUUCAGAUCACCAUCUUCUUCUUUUGCGCUAGCAGAUAAUGCAGGUUCAUUAAAGGAACAAUCAUCAGAUUGUCGUUCCAGGAGCAAUGAUUGUGAAGCAGUAGUGGUCGUUGCUCCCAAAUAUGUCAAGUAUGGGGACAGGUAUUAUACAAGUUGUCUCUUGACCUUUUCUCCGAGGUGCAUCAGACUGGAAGGAUCACCCCUUGGCGAGACGAAGAGACUGUAUUACCUUGAAUGGCCGACCUUCAAUAUCUCAAAAAUUGAGUAUCAAAAAUGUGAAAGUGUUAAGGCCAAUGCUGUGAAUCUACACUUCAAAUACAAGGACACAAAUUCAGGCACUAUGGAACUAGAAUUUGUUGUUCUUGAUGAUCAGUGGUCUGAAAAGCAAGAAGAAAUUAAAUCAUUGGAUGUGAAAUAUAAAGCCUCGUGGGAAACCAUUUUAAGUAAAUGUAGUUUUCAUGAGUCCUUUGAAGAAAUAAUAUACCCGGAUGGGGAUCCUGAUGCCGUCUUCAUAAGUAGAAAGGAUAUUGAGCUAUUACAGCCAAGGACUUUCAUCAACGACACUAUCAUUGACUUCUAUAUUAAAUAUCUUCUCAAUAAAACCAAAGCAGAGAUGCGGCAUAGAUUCCAUUUUUUCAACACAUUUUUCUUCCGGAAGCUUGCGGAUAUGGAUCAAGAUCUGUCUAGAGCUUGGGAAGGAAGAGACGCUUUUCAACGUGUUCGUAAAUGGACAAGGAAUGUAAACAUUUUUGAAAAAGAUUACGUAUUUAUACCUGUAAACUUCAGCCUGCAUUGGAGUUUGAUUGUUAUCUGCCAUCCUGGGGAGGUUGCCAAAUUAAGAGAUAAAUUUAUGGACGACUCAUCCAAGCUCCCGUGCAUUUUACACAUGGAUUCUAUCAGAGGAAGCCAUAGAGGGUUAGAGAAUCUUAUUAGAAGUUACUUGUGGGAAGAAUGGAAAGAACGACACAAUAACCAGGAAGAAGAUAUAUCAGCGAAGUUCUCGAAUUUAGAUUUUGUUGCACUUCAGCUGCCACAGCAAGAAAACUCGUUCGAUUGUGGCCUUUUUUUGCUUCACUACGCAGAGCUUUUUCUGGAGCAGGCUUUGAACUUCAGUGACACUAAAUGUAUUGACUAUCUUAAUCAGGAUUGGUUCCAUCCCGCUGAGGUAUCUCUCAGAAAACGCGAUCAUAUUAGGAAAGUGAUCCACAGAAUAGUUGAAGAUAAGGCCAUGAAAGAUGCUUCAGCUGUUUGUAAUAACCAAGGUCUUCAAAGUGGUAUGAAUGAGGGAGACAGCAGUGCACAUUCUUUACAGGAGAAUGAUGUGAAAGAAUCAUGUCUUGGUAUUGAGUUCCCUUCCAGUGAUAAUUAUGAAAUUAAGGAACAACAAUCCUUCAGGGACAUUUUAGGGCAAAGGACUUCUCAUAAGGAGCUGGUGCCAAUUAAUCAAUUCCGUAACAUGAGGCUGCCGAUGGAGGAAGGACCUGAGAAGCAAGCCACUUCACCAGAGUGCACUAUGAACAGAUAUCGAGCUGAUGAAGAUGACAAAGCGAGACCUUCCCAUUGUUUGCUUAGUAGUUUCAGGAUGGGUGAAAUAAAGGCUUCACAAGGAACUUCUAAAACAUGUACUGGCAAAUCUCCAAUUAUAAUUGAUUUACAGAAUGAUGAGGACUGUGUUCCUGAAGCUGCAUCCGCCCUCAAAAGGGAUAAAGAAAGGAACGAUGACUCUUCAAUGUCGAGUGAGGAUCUUGCAACAUGUGUUGUUGAGGAUUCUGAAGAGGAAUAUGAGACAUCAGAAAGCGUCAGAAUCAAUAGGAGGCCGACCUUGCUGAUAUCUCCAAUUCGUAUCAUUAAAAAAGCAAACUAUGCAAAUACUGUAUCAUAACUGAAAGGGAAACAAAAUGCUAACAAGAUGGAGUUAAACCUGGCCGUGAAGUUAUACGAGCAAUAGCAUUUUAUGAGAGUGAAUGUAGAAUACUGAUGGCUGGGACCAUUUACACCAUUAUUAUCCACCUCGUGUUUUGCUUUAUUCAAAACAGGGGGUGUGUGUGUGUAUGUGAUUCUGUACAUGCACGGAAUUGUAUAUAUAGCUGAAUGUUGGAGUUCUAAUAUACAGGUUUCCAGAU